AUGGUCAACGUUGCCAGAGAAAGAGACCCGGACGAGAUCCAGACAGGGACCAGUUUGGGUCACGUUCGCCUCCGCCAUGUCGAGACCAACGAGAUCAUCCUGAUCCCGACGCCGUCUACAGAUCCCAAAGAUCCCCUCAACUGGUCCAAAGGGUACCGGAUCUACCUUGCGCUGCUAGUAUGCCUGGCCAUGUUCUUCUGCAACUUCCUCGCCGCGGGGCCCUCGGUCGCCAUCGUCGAGAUCACCAUCGACUUCACGGGUGUGGCGCCGCCCAUGCCGGGUUUCUCGGGCGCCAUCGCACGCAUCGCAUACUUCUUCACCACGACGGCUUUACUCCAGGGCAUGGGCAAUGUGAUCUGGAUGCCCUUCAUCAUCAAGUACGGCCGGCGGCCCGUCUAUAUCGUCUCGUUCGUGGGCUACACGGCCACGGCCAUCUGGGCGGGCGUGUCCAAGAGCUACGGGAGCGAGUUGGCCUCGAGGAUCUUGAUGGGCUUCUUCGCGGGGGCGGGCGAAUGCGUCGCGCCGAUGACCAUCUCGGACAUCUUCUUCCUGCAUGAGAGAGGGUAUUACAUGUCUAUGUACACGGUCUCCCUCUCGGCCGGCGUCUCUGGCGGCAUCAUCAUAGCUGGGCUGGUCACCAUCACGCACUCCUGGCGCUACAUCUACUACAUAGCCGCAGCUCUCAUCGGCGCCCUGACUCUGCUGGUCACCUUCACUCUCCCGGAGACGUCAUUCGUCCGACCCCUGGACGUCGACCCGAAUUCAGACAGCACCGACAAAAACGCCUCUUUGGCUGAGGAAGAGGCCGGCAAGCCUGCCAAGGCGAAGUCGGAGGAAGUGGAGGAACGGCCAACGGCGGCAAGCCAGCCCAGAAUCAUCGUUGCGCGUGAGAAGCAGUCUCUGAGGCAGAGGCUGCGCCUGUGGCACGGAACCUACACCCAGGAAAGUGUCUGGCGCAUUGGAUAUCGCCCUCUCGUCUUGCUCGCCCUGCCACCGGUCCUGUGGGCUACCCUGGUCAUGUCGGUGACCAUCGGUUUCCUCGUAGCCAUCACGUCGAACUUUGCGUCGGCCUUCUCGCAGUACUACGGCUUCACGUCGUGGCAAUCUGGACUGUGCUUCGUCUCGGGCUUGAUCGGAACCUUCCUGGGCAUCUUUGGAGGCGGCAUGUUGUCGGACUGGGUCGCCGACGUCUUCACGAGGCGCAAUCGAGGCAUUCGGGAGCCCGAAAUGCGUUUGCCCGCCAUCACCGUCGCACUCGUCUGCGCGCCGCUCUCCUUGGUGCUGUACGGUUGUGGAAUCGAAUACCACUGGCACUGGAUUGUCCCCACCAUUGCGCUGGGACUUUUGAGCUUCUCCAUCGCCCAAGGAACAAAUGUCUCUCUCGUCUACAUCGUGGAUGCCUACCGACCCGUCGCGGGAGAGACCGUGGUCACGCAGCUUGCCUUCAAAUCGGCCUUUGGCUUCCUUCUGUCGUUCUACACAAACCCCUGGAUCGAACUUCAAGGGUAUGCCGGCGCUUUCGGCACCAUGGCGGGCAUCUGCGGCGCGGUGCUGCUGAUGUGGAUCCCUCUGUUCUUCUGGGGCCGCAGGGUGCGAAAUGCCACCCUCCGGUGGAAGAUCAUCCGGAACUUGAUGAAAUGGGACAAAGAUAGGGAGGUUGGAGAAUAA